ACUCUAUUCUAUAUAUAGAUCUGCAAGCCGGCCAUCAUCUCCCUCAAGGCCUCAACAAACACUUCAGCUCCAUCAUGCCGUCGAUCAUGCCGAUGUCGGCGCUGAUGUCCGCCCUGCGCGGCGCCGGCCGGCAGCACCUCACCGCGUCCACCGUCGCCGCGAGGAAGGCCGUCACCGGCUCCCACGUGCUCCGCAUCCACGGCUACACGCAGCUGAUGAGCAAGACGGCGCCCAUGGGCACGGCGAUCGCCUCGACGGAGUUCGGCGUCGGCGGCCACGACUGGCGGAUCGAGUGCUACCCGAACGGCCGGGACGAGGAGCACCGCGGCUACACGUCCCUCUUCCUCAGCAGCCCCGGCUGCGAUGCCACAGCGAGGUUCGGGCUCACCGUGCUCGGCCCCGCCGGGAAGCCGACCUCGUGUGCCCGGGCCUCCCAGGGUGACGUCCAGUUCCGCUACUUGGGCCAGGAGGCCGGCUGGAAGGACUUCGUGUGGAACGAGGAGCUGCACGAGGGAGAGCACCUCGUGGACGACUGCCUCACCGUCCUGUGCGACGUCACCGUCGAUCAGGGCAUGCACGCAGAUGAGGUCGCCCUCGCAGACGAGGUGGCGCCGCUUCGCUUUGACACGCGCGGGCUUUUUGCCGAGGCCAUCCGGAGCAAGAAUUUAAGCAACGUGGUCGUCCACGCCGGCGGGGAGUCCUUCUCCGCGCGCCGGUGGGUGCUAGAGGCGCUGUCCCCCGUCUUCAAGGCGGAACUCCAGGACGCCACCUCCGGCGAACUCCACAUCGACGGCGUGGACGCGGAGGUGUUCCAGGCCAUGCGCCAGUUCAUGUACAGGGAGGCGCUGCGGUCCGACUGCUACGAGCAUGUCGAGGUCGAGGCGACGAUGGCGGAGCGGCUGCUGGCGGCGGCGGACAGGUACGGGCUGGAGAAGCUCAAGCUCGCGUGCGGGGAGACGCUGUGCGCGCGCGUCGACUCGGGCUCCGUCGGCGCCAUGCUCGCGCUCGCGGAGCGGCAUGCGUGCCCCGUGCUGAAGGAGGCGUGCAUGGCGUUUUUGUCUUGCGCUGGUACUCUGAGAUCGUUCGUCGCCACUCAUGGUUUUCAGCGGCUCAAGAGAGAAUGUCCCUCUGCUGCAGCGGAGAUCGUUGAGAUCGCCGUCAUGCACAUGCCGUAGCUGGAUGGAUUGGAAGAGUUAAAUUAAGGCACCAUAUUUGGCAGCCCCGUCUCCAGGAAAUGGGGGCCAAAAUUUUCUUUGUUCAAACUCAAUAACUAGUGAAAUAAAAUUAUAAGUUCACUUCAGUAUAUAA